AAUUGAAGUGAAAUAUAAUAUAAUAUAUAAGACUUUUAGAUAUGAAAUUCUUAUUGUUUUUUAUGUUAGUAUGUUUAAUUAACGUCAUGUACCCAUUAAACUUGAAUAUAAAUUCUGAAUCAGAUCAAUCAAACCAUUAUGAGGAUCGCUAUGAUAAUCAACUAAAAAGAAGUUUUUCGAAUAAAAAGUUAUCGGGAUUUUUGUACAAACGUAAAAGUCUCAUUGAUUCACCGAUUAUUGAAAGAGAAUUGGACUCUACAAGGCCAUCAUAUGAAUUCCAUCUAUGCUACAACUACCCCAAAAUUCUUAGAUAUCCUUGGUCUAGAACUAUUACUAUGAAAGGUGUUUUGUGUAAUCGCGCUAACAUGCAAUAUGACACCAAAAAAAUUAUAGGUCUUCAAUCUUUGAACGCAGGAAAUAAAUGGAAAAGCUUAUUGUCGAAUGAUAGAGGAAUAAAAAAUAAAGAUGAAUAUUCUUUAAAUUAUCCACUUAUGGUAGAAAAGAUUAAAAAACCUUUUUGUAAUUCUUUUGCUGGUUGCAAAAAUAUAUGAUAUUCGCUUAUGAUCGUCUCUGCCUUAUUUAAAAUUAUUUUAAAAAGAAUGAUUGCAUACUUAUAUCGAAUUAUUAUAUAAUUAAAUUUGGCAGACUGACCAAUUUAUCUAUUUAAUGCUUUA